GCGGCUCCGCGGAGAGCAAAACAUGUGCGCGUUCGUAUUUUGAUACUUCGUGCGUGCGUGAGGCGCAUGUUUUGUUGAUCCACCAGCUGAAAUCUGAUUAUCCUUUCGACUUCGCGUGUGUGUUGAUGUUCAAUUUUCUCCUUUUUGCUGUGAAAAUUAGUGGAUAAAUUCCUGCUUUUCCUCAAUCUCUUUAGAUUUAGUGCUGAACUAUAUUUAGUGUUGUUAAUAAUUCCAAAUAUUCGCAAGAUGUCCGAUGAUGAUUGUCCUCCGCUGUGCGAGAUGGAAACGGGCGGCGAUUCCAACGGAGAGGAGGAAGAAGCCGACGAGUGGGAAGUGGCUGAGGAGCAGAACGACCCGGUUCGGUGCUUGUUCUGCGAGCAAAUCUCGCCCACCAUGACGACGGCCAUCCGUCAUGCCAAGGAGCGACACGAGUUUGACCUGGGCGAGGUGCGGCGUAGAUUCCACCUGGAUGAGUACGCGUACAUCAAGAUGAUCAACUAUAUCCGGUUGGAGAAGCCGGAUCCGUCGGUGUUCAAGAGCGGAACGAGCGUGUUCUGGUCCGACGACAAGUACCUUAAGCCGGUCGAGAACGAAACCUGGCUGAUGUUCGAUCUGGACGAAUUGGACGAGAUUCUACUGAAUGGGAAUGGGAAUGCGGGUGGUGGUGGUGGUGGUGCUGCGCGGGAAAAUGGAAACAACAUCGGUGAGACGAUCACGCUCACCACGGAUCAGUACCGGAAGCUGCAAGGAAUCAUCAACGAGUUGACCGCUCAGUUGAGGGAGAAGGAGAACCUGCUGCAGCACGCUUCCAGCGAUAUCGAGAAGAUGAAGGAAAGUUUCCGGAAUCUGCUGGAGCAGCAGAGCGAACAAAAGAUGAUGGCGAGUGGCGGCAAGAAAAAGGCGCCCGAGGAAAAGAUUGCACAAAUCCGGGAGGAACUGAGGCACUGCGUCAGCACGGUGGCCGUGGAGGACGACCAGGGCUAUUUCAAUACGUAUUCGCACUUUGGGAUUCAUCACGACAUGUUGAGUGAUUACGUGCGAACGGCGAGCUACCGUGACGCCAUUCUUGAAAAUGGAGAGAUCUUCAAGGGCAAAACUGUGAUGGACUUGGGUUGUGGCACUGCGAUUCUGUCCAUGUUUGCAGCGAAAGCCGGAGCAAAAGAGGUGAUAUCCGUGGACCAGUCGGAUAUCAUCUAUCAGGCGAUGGAUAUUGUGCGGCGGAACAACAUCGAGAACAUUAAGUUUGUCAAGGGUAGGUUGGAGGACUGUGAAUUGCCGGUGGAAAAGGUGGACAUCAUCGUGUCGGAGUGGAUGGGUUACUUCCUAUUGUUCGAAGGAAUGAUGGACAGCGUGAUCUACGCUAGGAAACAGUAUCUGAAGGAGGGGGGCUUUAUUCUGCCCAAUAGGUGUAACAUUAGUUUAGCGGGGUACGGAGAUAUUGAACGACACGAUGAGUUCAUUGGGUUCUGGAAGAAUGUCUAUGGUUUCGACAUGUCCUGCAUGAAGAAGGAAGUAUUGAGGGAGGCUACGGUUGAAGUUUGUAAACCAGAACAUGUAAUUACCAAUGCCAACAUUAUAGCUAAUUUCGACCUGAUGGAGGUAGACGUUGAUUGUCCAAACUUCAGCUAUAGUUUUGAACUUACCGUUAAGAAGACCUGCAAACUGACCGCAUUGGUUGGAUACUUCGACACGUUCUUUGAACUACCGCAGCAUGUGGAGUUUUCAACUUCGCCCUACACGAAACCAACGCACUGGAAGCAGACUAUCUUCUAUGUUGAGGAACCGAUUCCGGUGCAGGAGGGCCAAGUGAUUGAAGGUAAGUUCGUUUGUAGACGCGAUCCCAAGGACGCCCGAUCUCUGUUCAUAACGAUCGAGUACCUUGGACAGGUUCUCAAGUAUACCCUCAACUAGCAGAUUGGAAUCCUUAUUCUGAUUAACUGAACUCUAGAGCAAGAUUGUACGAAGCGACAACAACAGAAGAAGACCAAUAAUCAACAACAGCUUUAAACGUGAAGAAAAUAGGAGCUUGAUAAUACAAAUAAGUAAAGAUUUCAACACUUUGAUAGAACGAAGAACAAACACACGACGAACGGUGGUUGUGAAACGACAAAAUAAUACACAGAAAACAAGGCAAAUCAAUCCUAUCUAGACUGCCUCGUUGGAAACAGUUUUCCCAAACCUACUUCAUAGACUACCUAUGCUUUAAUUUUCGAAAAACCUAGCUAGUUUGAUAAAAGUUAUCUCUUUCAUGAAUCCACAUCUAGAAAACUAUAAACUCAGAAAUCAACUCACUGGAGACAAUCAGUUUCUCUGACACUAGGCCCAGCUACCAUGCAACAACCAUUCUUCCAAGUUUUAAGAACUCCUAUCGUAAUACCUAAUAAUGGCACUUUAAAACAUGAAGGUUUCCCAUUUAUUCACUCUGUACCCACAACAAAAACUUAUAUCGUUAGGCAGAAAUUUUGUAGAACAGAGAAGCGUAGUCAAAAGAAGCAAACAGGAACAAGCUUUAAUUUUAUAACGACACCGGAAAUGUUAAUUUUUGUACUCAGACAGUUUUCGAUCCUUUCGAGACGACCUAAACAAGGCGGCGGAACAAAAAGCUGGAUCGGAUAUUUUUGAUAAAAAGAGACAAAGAGCGUUUCACACACAAGUUGCGAAUCAGCACACGAAACGAAAUAUACCUACAACAACUAUUGAUACAUACAUAAUAUAAUCGAGACAGGAAUUGUCACACUCUUCCAAGGUAAAUUUAUAGUAGAAUGUAGAGUGUUGUUGCAUUGCAAUUGCAUAAAACAGUUUAAUAUAAUACGAUAUGAAUACAUUUGAUCGUCUUACACACAGUUUUGUCCAUUUACAAUAACUAUUAUAAAAUAAAUGUUAAACUUUAAAAAGCAUUAACUUAAACGCGUUCGACUAAACAGCAUUACAUACUACAUAUCGAGAACAAUUCAGUCGGAAUUAAUCCUAGGAGCUGAAAUAACAGUAGGAAUUGCAGCACAAGAUUUGAAAAUGCAUCUGAAUGUUUCAAAGUUUAAACACAUAAAUCGAGAGAACGAUCCAUGCUACCAUAUUGGCCAAGACUACUAGUUUUCAUUUUCAUCCAGCACCCACAAACAGACGUUUAAUACCCAGGACAGACAUACAAGUGUGAUCUCACAAAUCGCUUGACCCCCUUUCAUGAGUGCUCUUAGGUCCUCUUCAACCGCAAACAGCCAUUUUGUGCGCGACCUGCCGCUGCCACGCACGGAGGCGCUAUCCCGAAUUUUGUCUACGUCUGCAAAGUACGGGACAUAGUCCUCUCUAAUCCGUGGUUCUGAUGAUCCUCCCCAUGUUAGUGACUCCGGAUUGUACGAGAGACUAGGUGAAUCCAUCUGCUGCUUGAUCCUUGGUAUUUAUGUAAUUGAUCGCCACUGAUCCGCUGUCUAUAGCAUCAUGAACAAAAUGAUAGCGUAUGUCCACGUGCUUUGUUCUUGGGUAGUAGCUUCCAUUUUCGGCUAUGGAGAUGACAGAUUGAUUGUCACAUAAAAUCUUGAUUUACGUUUCUCCGAAGAUUUGCUUCAACAUAUUUCGCCACCAGAGCGCCUCUUGGAUUGUCCGUGAUAACACCAGCUAUUCUGCCUCACACGAUGACAAUGCUACUGAUGGCUGCCUCUUGACGUUCCAUGAAAUUUGAUCGUCGAGAGUCCACAUCUUCUCCCCAAUCUGCGUCGGUAUAGCCAAUGAUUUCUCCGCUGCCUCGCUUGUUAAAUAGAAGCUGGUUUUUGAUCAUCCCUUUCAAAUAGCGGAAAAUACUUUUGACAGCCUCCCAAUGCUCCCGGCCUUGAUUGCUGGUAAAUUGGCUAACUACAUUGACCGCAAUGUAGUUAGCCAAUUUACAGCAGACACCCGACAGCUAAUUUAUAUGAUACCUACCUUCUUCAUUUCUUCGGUUCCAUCCCUUGAUUUCGUAAUCAUGGAUUUGUCCAAACGCUCGCUUGAUUCGAAUGGUGUUGAUACAGGAUGACAAUCCGCCAGGUUGAAUCUGUCCAGCACGUCUUCAAUAUACCUUCGUUGGUCGAUUGAUAAUUCUCCUCGUUCUUUGUUCCUGAUGAUUUGGAGUCCUAUAGGCAAUACAUUGCUUGACCUAAAUCCUUCAUCCGGAAUCCGUUGCACAGAAAUGCCUUCAAUCGUUUCCUCAUUUUGGCAUCGUUGGUAAAUAUUAGGAAUUCGUUGAUUGUUCUAGUCCGAACUCGUAACGUCUUAUCAAGCUGCUGAUUCCAAAUCCUACUUGAUUGCUUAAGGCCGUAAAGCGACCUCUGGAGCCGGCAUACCUUCGUCGGAUAUGUUACAAAUCCCUCCGACUACUGCAUGUGGAUUACUUAACCUUCAAGCUUCCGUUGGAAAAAUGAUGUGACGGCAUCUAUUUCAAUGAUCAAUCUCCAAAUCGAAUUUCACUGCCAGUGCCAUUAAGCAUCUCAAAGUCGAGUACCGUACGACCGGUGCGUAAACUUCGUCAUAAUCGAUGCCUGGUCUCUGCGAACAUCCUUUGACCACUAAUCGUGCCUUGUAACAGUCUUCUUCGUUCGGUCCGCGCUUUAUUUUGAAAUCCCAUUUAUUUUUAUGGCUUUGGUUCCGACGGGCAAGUCUUCCAACCUCCGCCUGCAUCGUCUCAAGCCACAGUUGUCGAUCCGGACUGCUCAACGCCUCUUCGUAGCUAACUGGAUCGCCCAUCGUCUCAAUGUCGCUCAUUGUGAAUCCGCCAUUCGUUACGCUUGCUUUUGUCUGUGGGUUUUGGGAUACACAUUAGCCAGUAUACGUACUAGAAGUACACUCAGGCAAAUAAACCUAAGAUUAUCAUAAGGCCUAACUUAUGAAAUGGCCUUUACAAUUCAUAACGGCUAGAGCGAUUUUCAUAAGGUCGGUCUAAGAGACGAACCAGCCAAGGGCUGAAAGUCUCUCAAAUAAAGAUAAAUCAAUCAAGGUCGGUCUAUGACGCACACUCAGGCAAAUAUACCUAAGAUUAUCAUAAGGUCUAAUUUAUGAAAUGGCCUUUAAACAAUUCAUAACGGCUAGAACGAUUUUCAUAAGGUCGGUCUAUGACGCAAAAUCGACUCACAGUUUGGCUUUUAUACACAUUUAGCAACACGAUAUUCUCGAGCGUCGAUAGACGCGUGGGUUGGGCACGAGCUCAGUGAUCUCGACGUUCAUGGAUCGAUUCCAGUCAGCAUCAUUUUGUGAUUUUUCUGCUCUUUUCAUAAGUUUAUCUUAUGUUAUUAGGUUAUAAUAAGCAUGUUCAAUUUUCAUAAGGUAUUCUUGUGGCAUCCAUACUUCACAGUUAUGGCUAAAUUUCAUAAGGUAUUUUGAUGAAUUUCGGUAGUUUACUUCGCUGAGUGCAGAAUCGACUCACAGUUUGGCUUUUAUACACAUUUAGCAACACGAUAAAUAACGCGAAGACAACCAAUAAAAAAAUGUUCGAGUUUAUUCGGCGUGUUUUGUUUGCCAUCCGGUUCCCCGUCUUCACGGCCAUUCAUCUGUUAAGGGCUGUUUGCAGUUCAGAAGGAAUUUCUCAGCCUAUCUUGAUGCAUGGGAAAUUCCUUGCCUGAAUCGCCCAAGAAACCGCUUUUUCUUCGAUCGCAGUUCGCAGUUGCGAAUAAAUGACAAUUCAAAUGGCAGUCUCUGUUGAAAGUUUCUGCCAGGAAUCGCUCAGGAAGUUUCUUGAACUAUUCCUUUCGAACACGAAACUGGGCUUUACAGGGAAAUUGAUUUCGGCAAGUUUGUAGCUUGUACAGAAGAGAACAUCCACGUAGGCUUCCGUACUGUCGUAAUUCUCCAAUCGCAUCGACGUCAACUGCUGCAACAAGUCAAUCCUUCAAUAAAUUCCAUCAUCUUGAAAUGCAGACUUCAACUUGUUCCAGGCUUCUUGCGCGUCCUUCGCAUUCAUGACCACCAGGCUGUAAUAGUUCGCCUUUUCGAGACUUAAACAAUUUGCUGAUAAUGCCCGCAUCUGGAUAUUAUCUUCAUCGACGACUGCACACUGAAGUUUGUUUGUUAUAGGGUAAAUAAUAAAUCUUUUCAUUCAGUUUCCAACGUUCAAACCGAACAGACAUUUUUUACUUCUACGAUACUUCUCAGAUUCUGAAAGGAUCAGCUCUCGCCUAAAAUUGAUUACAAAACAGACACUAUACUAUAUUAUCACCAAUCAUUGAACUUUGUUCUCAAGCUAGCUCCCAGCAGAUGCUCCAGAGAAAUUGCAGAAACCGCAUAAUAGGGUCAGGUAACCGAUGUUGGAACAUUUUCAGCAGUUACAGGACUAAUUCUACACAUAAAAACUAACAGCUCUAAUCUAAACUGUGUCGCUAACUAGUUUAGUCUCGUACUAUGCAUGUAAUAUACUAUAGCAUUAUUUCAGCAUUGAAAAGUUGUACACUAAAUGCAUUGUUAGCACCUACUGGGCAAUGUUACAUCGCUUUCAAUUUGAAUAAAUCGUUCGUUCGGAAAUGAAAUAAAUACAAAUCUUUUAAGCUAGAAGCUUUUACUGGUUUA